GGGAUCCACUGGUUGUCCCUUGCCCUUGCCGACUUGCCAGAAUUUGCAGUCGCAUUCGAUAGGACUUGGACCCCCGGGAACCCUUCUCUUGUUGUUUGUUACCUUGUCAGGUUCCACCCGUGAUGGACAAUUCAAUCCUGACAUCGGAUCCGGUCUGGUAGUAUUCGCGUGCGGCCAGGUCCAGAUCACAACACCAUCAGGGCUUAAUCGGCCGAGUUUUAUUUGGAGGGGGGAAAGAGGGAGGAGGCGUCGUAACGGCAAUCACAAACGUCGCUGCGACUCAACUGUUGUGGUGGCUUUGUGAAACAACAGGACGGCAGAGAAGAUGCAGAGCCGCCCGCCCGCAAACAAAAAAGAAACCGAUUUGGCGCGCGCUGACGGGUGCUUGGCGGCUACAGGAAUAGGUUACUGCAUGUAGCACUGACCCCUUGCCGGUCCAAUAUGUCCACAGCAAUACCACCUUGGACACCCAAAUUGCAACAAGGGUAAUUGGAAAAAAUGAGGUUCGCCGUCCAGGGUGCGGUUAUUUGGUAGGACAUGGGCUUCUCGCUCAAAGAAAAACCCCUGGAUGGCGAAUCCACAUCCGCUUUGUUCUUUGAGCAGGGCAGCGAACAUGGCCUGGUCCACUACGCCACGCCCCUUUGUGGAUGUGUGGAUUUCCUUGUCCUGAGAUAUCGGCGGGACAAGCAUCGUUCCCCGUAGACUGGACCAGAAUCCAUCACAUCACUCCCCGGGGCCGCUUGCUCUCUGUGUGGCUCGCUUCGUAUAUAGUCUCGACCGCGGCGUCUCCCAUCCAGUUGCUCGUACUCUCUUUUUCCUCAUGCUUCGUGCAGCCUUCUACUAGCUUUCGUUCCUAGUAUAUCUCCUUUCUUUGCAUUACUUUGCAUUCCCUCGAUCAUUCGUUAAUUCGAGUUGGAUACAUUCGCUUCUUAUAUUCACCCAAACAAGUAUCUACAGGAUAAUACUUGUCUUUUCAACAACAAACCUUUUUAGCUAUACACUAGCAGACUCUCGCUGAGAACACUAUCUCCAUUUCAUCUAUUAUCUGAUAUAUAUCAACCAAAACAUCUGCAGAAAGUCGCAAUGAAGACAUUCACCUUCCUAUCCCUGGUCGCCGGGGCCACGGCUACCUUCAAGGGCGCCAACCCCUUCGAGUGCCCCUCCAACACUGACAACCAGUGCAAGCCCAAGCAGGCUGGUGGGUUCAACUGGAGUGACCUCAACCCGGGCAAGUUCAGCAGCUAUGACGACUUCAACUUCAAGGGCUGGGAGUGCAAGGAGGACAAGUCCUUCACCCGCCGUGGCCACUUCGACCGCCGUACCUCGGGCAAGGUGAUCGACGGUCGUGCCUCGAGCAACAAGGGUGACUGCCCCAGCUUCGACUCCAAGGACAAGUUCUCUCUGGACACCUUCCACAUGUCGACCGAGUUCGACUGUGACCUUGAGUUCCACUACGGCAUGCCUGACGGAUCUACUUGCCGUCAACGUUCUCCUUGCAAGAAGAGCGGUUCCACGAUCAAGAACACCCAGUGCGGUGGUGCCAAGGGUGUUACCAUUGUUUACCCUCCCCAGCCCAACAAGCCCAAGAAGGACUGUGGUAUCACUGUCACCAGCGUCAGCUUCGACUGCUCCACCCGUCCUCCUAAGCCCACUUCUUCCGUCAAGACCUCGAGCCAGCCUCCCAAGGUCACUACCACCAGCCAGCCCCCCAAGGCUACCACCGAGAGCUCCAAGCCUCCCAAGGAGACCAGCCAACCCCCCAAGGAGACCUCGAGCCUGCCUCCCAAGGUCACCACCACCAGCCAGCCUCCUCAGAUCACCAGCGCCAGCUCGCUGCCUCCCAAGGACACUACUAGCCAGCCCCCCAAGGACACCAGCAGCAAGCCUCCCAAGGAUACCACCAGCCAGCCUCCCAAGGAUACCACCAGCCAGCCGCCCAAGGGCACUGGCUCGGCCAGCGUGCCUCCUCCCCAGGGAACUGCUUCCAACAGCGUGCCUCCUCCCCAGGGAACUGCUUCCAACAGCGUGCCUCCUCCCCAGGGAACUGCUUCCAACAGCGUGCCUCCUCAGGGAACUGCUUCCGCCAGCCAGCCCCCCAAGGACACCGUUAGCCAGCCUCCUGCUGCUACCACUUCGAUCACUUCUACCAUGAUCACCAUCAUCCCCAGCACUUCGACCGUCUUCACCACCAAGGUCUCGACUGUCUUCUCGUGCGCUGAGGACGUCAAGGACUGCCCUGGCCGCUCCACCACUGCUGUCAUCACCGUGUCGGUCCCCGUCUCGACCACUGUCACCCAGAUCACCGAGACCAAGACGACCGUCCUGCCCCCGGUCACCACUCCCGGCCUGCCCGGCUCGCCCGUCACUACCCCUGGUGCGCCCGCCACGACUCCUGGCGCUCCUGGCACGACCCCUGGCGCUCCUGGCACCACCGUCAACGUCCCCGGUACUACCGUCAACGUUCCCGGCACCACCGUCACUGCUCCUGGCCCCGUCGUCACCCUGCCGUGCCCUGACGUCGUUCCCAAGUGCUUGAACACCUGGAUCUUCCAGCUGGGCUGCAAGGACAACACCGACAGCAACUGCUACUGCCCCGACACCGCCUUUGUCGAGAACGUCUUCCAGUGCUUCUACGCCCACGGCGAGUCCGACUCAGUCAUCUCUGAGGCCGUCAUCUACUUCCAGGGUAUCUGCGCUCCCCACAUUCCCCAGAACCCUGCCAUUAUCACUGGCCCGACCAUCACCUCGUACAUCACCGUGACGGCCCCUCCCACCCCGAUCGCCACCAACCCUGCUGCCAUCACCACCAUCAGCGUUGACAAGACCACCGUCGUCCCCUGCACCGACGAUGCCGGCAACCCCAUCCCCAGCUCCAGCUCGACCGUGACCAUCAGCACCACCAUCGUCGUGCCCAAGCUCGGCUUCACCACUGCUCCUCCCGCUCCUGGUGCUACCGGCCCUGCCGGUGGUUCCGACAACGGUGGUGACAUUGGCCUGGUCCCCGUCACCACCGCCAUCCCCAUCGUCACCGGCACUGCUCCCGGCAGCGGUGCCAGCCCCACUGGUGGCAACGUUCCCGGUGUCCCUGCCGGCACUGGCGUUCCUCCCCGCCCCUCCACCACGGGCACCAUCCCCGUCAAGGCCGCUGGUGAGCGCGUCUACGCCAGCCUGGCCCUUGCCGCCAUGGCUGUCGUUGCUGCUCUGUAAAUAGCAAUUUUGCUAUAAACUCAGCAUGUGCCAAGACGGACUGAACGAUGGAGAAAAAAGGUUUUUCGGGCACAUCAUCUUUCGGGUUUCCAAACACUAGGUUUGCUUUCCCAUUGUAAUACUUGUAUUUUGUAUCUUCAUAUACAAAAUAACCCACAUUUUCAUUCUUGACGAUCCUUACGAAUUGGGCGGCAUAUCUGGCAUCUGGUGCUUAUAAUCAUUGUACAUUUUUUGUUUUCAUUUUUAUUUCCUUUUGGUUUUUUUUUUACACAGCGUGUAUGCCACUCUCCC